AUGCCGCCCAAAGACGACAAGAAGAAGAAGGAUGCUGGAAAGUCCGCCAAAAAAGACAAAGACCCUAUAAAUAAAUCUGGUGGCAAGGCCAAAAAGAAGUGGUCCAAAGGCAAAGUUCUGGACAAGCUGAACAAUCUCGUCCUGUUUGACAAAGCUACUUAUGACAAACUUUGUAAGGAAGUUCCCAACUAUAAGCUUAUUACUCCAUGUGUGGUCUCCGAGAGACUGAAGAUUCUAGGUUCCUUGGUCAGGGCAGCCCUUCAGGAGCUACUUAGUAAAGGACUUAUCAAGCUGGUUUCAAAGCACAGAGCCCAAGUAAUUUACACCAGAAACACAAAGGUUGGAGAUGUCUCAGCUGCUAGUGAAGAUGCAUGAACAGAUUCAAUCAGCUGUAUAUUUGGGAAAAUAAAACUUU